GCCACCAUGCAGUGCUUUGCAUGCUUCAUCACUCUCGCCAUAUUUGGCAUUAUCGUCAAUGCUGGGCGUAAUUUGUCCCCAAUUGAUGGCUAUAACGUUGUGGACUUCACCUGGACCGUCCAACCCGAGAUCCCCGGAAGCCUUGCCUUCAACCUUACUGGAACAGUGCAGGAUGCUUGGGAGCACAUCAGCAACACCUGGCCUGACUACCCCCGCCCCAAGAUGGACUUGGCGUUCCAUCUCAAGCCUGAGCAUAACAUGACUGAUGGUAACCUGAUCUGCGACUUUCCGGAGUGGACUGCUGCAAAGAUGUCUGCCAUCCAGGACGGAAUAGAGAGCCUGCGUCAGUUCCCUGGAAGGCCUGGCUUGCAACCUGGUCCCGGAUCUUGCGCUCGUGUCUCCUGCGCAGACUCAUCGGCCAUUUGGUGGUGCAGCGACCACCAGCAAUUGUUUCGGCUUGACAACUUCGGCUUCAUAGCCGAUGGUGCCAACGACAUCAUUCUCAACUGCAUUGUUGAUCGUACCGAAUCCCAGGAUCCAGAGGUCCAGGUUUGGACCAAAGGCCAGAUCUUCUUGGACGACAACUGGAAUGUGAUCAUCAGGGGUGACGAGGACGACUGCUAG